GAUAUGCAGUUAAUGAGUUAUUGUUGACCAAAAGAAUCAGAGAUGCCGUACAUGGGCACUUAAGUGUUUAAUUAACAUCUUCUGAACUUAUUAUUUAAUUAUCUAAUCUUUGAAUCUUUGGCUUAGAGGUUUCUCGCAUUUUGCAUCGUGCGUUGCUCUUCUCCAAGUUAGUUGGAGGAUGAACCUCCAGCAAUUCAAGUCAUAAUAACUUUUCCCACCUGCCUCGCUCUAACUACCACCACGAGGUCGUAAUAAGAACCGGACAUUUAACUUCGCGAACACGUUCACCGAAGGUAUUAGAAGGUUUGGAUGAGAUGGCCUGCCGUGGGAGCUUCUUACAGGCGCUGGUGCUGUGCUGCCUGCUGCUGGAGAGCUGCAUGGCGGUGAGGGCUCACGAGUCGCCCUCUCACCCUGCAGGGACAUACCCCAUCAGACAACCGACCACUCGUCCUGCAGGCGCGACAGUCUCAGCCAUGCCCGGCGUCGCUAUGAGGAACACCGCAGCCUUACCCGCUCCGGCCAUGCCGAGCGUUGCCCUACCAACACUUCCCCCGAGCUACGAGCUACGGGUGUCGGUGCACAGCGUGUUCGACAAGGAGACCUACGACGUGAGGGAGCGAGAGCGCGACGGACAGGCGCAUCACAGCCUCCACAGCGAGACCGCCAGCCUCGCGUGUAUCUUUGAUACCUUCACCAACGAGGGCUUCACACUCGAUGGUAUGAAGUGCGGGCGUCAGAAGGACCUGCCGCAGCGCUGCUUCUCCUCUGACCACAAGCGGCGCCCGUACGUUUCGGUCGCGGCGCUCAUGAGCUUCCUGAGCCGCCACAACGCUUCGGUUCAUCAGGAAAGCUUGGGUGCGGUUGAGGUAAGCGUUUGGAGCGCCGCUCACGCCAACAUGAGCGUCGAGGCGGCCUUCUCCAACAUCAGCCUCCCUGAUGACGCUCCUGGCGCCGAGUCUUGGCUCACGCCUCUCUACUUCUCUCUCGCCGGCGACGGUUCCGUGUUCCUCGCCGAGGCGGGCAACAUCGAGCUGCAGUACCGCGUGCUGGCCGCUCUGCCUCUGCAAGACUCUGUCGCCGACCUCACAAUUACACCACCUGGAGUUCUCUGCCCUAUUGAUGAGAGAAAAUAUCUACCUAAGUUGGCAAACCAAUUCACUCUUACCAUGGAGACCGUCAUUGAGAAUUUGGGAACAAUUGCGUACGAGCAUCAGAGCUACGACUCAGAAGAGAAGUUUGUGUCGUACACGUACCGACCUCACCUCCACGCACAAGAUAUGAUGUUUGUCCACAAUGUGCCCCGACGGGAGAACUUCACCGCUGACCGCACCUACAGAGUCGUGCACGACUUCAGGACCGGUGUGCAGUACAUUAUCGACGAGACGAGCAGCAACUGCAGCAUCGAGUACAUCCCUCUGACGGCCCUAGACGCCACCCUCGUCGACAACCAAACCAUCCGCCUGCGCCACGCAUCCGAGCUCAUCUCCCUCGACCCCAACUCUUUUAUUUACAAAGGAACGAGAAAGAUUCGAGGCAUCCUCUGUGAUGUGUGGAUCGCAGACCGCGGCACUCGCAAGGGUCAGUACUCGACAGUGGAGAUUUACUUCACGCACGACAGCUGGUCGGUCGAGUUUGAAGUGCUCAACAGCCGCCAGCGAGUGCCUGUUGGCCUGUCUUCGUACGUCGCAGACGUUCGCAAUAUGAAGGAAUGGAGCUCAGUGGUGCACACAUUCUUCUACGAGUACAGCGACAAUCACCCGUCGUGGGACGAGUUCGACGUCUCGCCAUGCCUGAAGCGAAUCAACAGCCUCUUCCUGCUUCUCACCCUGAACGUUCCCUACAGUGAACUAGCUUACUACAACCUCGAAAUUGUUAAGAACUCCAUCAGGAACGCCAUAGCAAGCAUCGCCGGCGUCUCGCCACUUAGAAUCACCGAUUUAUUUUUGAGUAGUCGUCCCGGCGCCGCGGAGCUUGACGUAGUCUUCGUGCUGCUGGAGAAGCCCAACGUGGUGGACGAAGCUCGCCGCGCGCGAGUGCUCAAGCUGCGGCCACAGCUCCUCAUGGCGGACGCUUACAAGCUCCUGCACGACGUCAACCUGAAGCACAACGUCUCCAUUAAGCUCGAUUUGUCGCCUCACAAGAAGCUUAUCGUAACGAUCAAGUGCGGAUCGCUGGAGACCACGUCUGGUGUACUUCACCCCUCGAAGCGCCACAAGUCACUGAGGUUCGUACAAGCGGGCUACACGGCUGGCAGCAUGGCGGGGCUCGGCUUCUCCAUGGCCAUACUAGGCACCUGCGUCGGUAUCUUCAUCGGCUUCUUGUUGUGGAAACAUUCUAGCGCAAUACCGUACCAGGUGACGGACUGACAUAGUGGCGCGCCCGCUGUCGUACAUCUGCUUCGCUGAAUUGACAGGAUACCACAAAAAAUUCAUCAUUAGACAGAUACAUGCAAUAAUACUCGUCCGUAACAUUAUUUAUUAUUGAUGAAUGGCAACUCUUCGUGGAUUUUAUAUAUCGAGAUAACUGAUGAGUUUAAAUACGAGGGAACGGUUUUAAAUCGUCUUCGGUGAGACAUUAAAGGAACUCGAUGUUGUAUUGAAUUCCGAUAAUUAUAACGUCUUGUCCAACUAAAUUUCUUGUAAUUGUUAUCUUAAAAAUUUAGUAUAGAAUUGUCAUAAGUGCCAAGUGAAAAUCAAAAAUGUACUCAAUAAUCAUAAUUUCAAAAUAUAUGCGUGUUAUCAUGGGUAAAUAUGUUUCUUGUUUUAAAGGUUUGGAACACCUCCCGUUACAUAUGCUUCUAUUUACCUAUAUUUAUUUUCGAUGUAUACAAUUCAAGUUUUCGCAUCCAUUCAAACAAGUUAAUGGCUCGUUUGCAUGCCUAAUCUCAAGCGAUUCACUUGAAUUAAAUCCUUGUCCAUUACGUGGAAAUUUGUAUUAAUGGUAGUUGGAGCAAUGAUGCACCAAAAUACAAGUCAAUCAAUGUUAAUAUACGACGAAAAUUUGCUUACUAAAAAUUCCUUUUAUUAAGACGUCGAAGCUUUUACAGAGGAAUGUUUCCGACACUGGAAUGCCCCGAAUGUUUCCGACACUGGAAGCAACCAUCCAUAAACGUCCAGUAACUUUAUAUACAUUUACUAAAUUAGAAUUUGACCAAUAAAAUAUUUUUUUUUAAGU